UAUGUUAAGAAAUUGUUGACAACAUGACAAAUGUAUCGGUGAUAGACGUCAAAAUAUGGAAGAAACUGACUCUGUCAGAGAAGGUAGUCGAGUAAACAAUAAUAUGAAAGUUAGUAAUGGUCCACGAGCUGUAACAAUAAAAAAAACCGAAACUGGGUUUGGUUUCAACGUUAGAGGACAAGUGAGCGAAGGUGGUCAGUUGAGAAGUAUAAAUGGGGAGCUGUACGCCCCUUUGCAGCAUGUCAGUGCUGUACUUGAGACGGGGGCUGCAGAACAAGCCGGUAUAAGAAAGGGAGAUAGAAUUUUGGAAGUAAAUGGUGUGAAUGUCGAAGGAGCAACCCACAAACAAGUUGUAGAUCUCAUUAAAUCUGGUGGAGAUAUUCUGACUCUCACUGUUAUAUCAGUUACUCAACAGGAAGCAGAACGUCUCGAACCAAAUGAUGAUAAUCAAGUAAGCUAUGAUUAUAGCGAGAAACGAUCUCUACCAAUCAGUAUUCCAGACUACCAUUACCUAGAAAGAGGAGGCGAAAGAUAUGUUGCCUUCAAUAUUUACAUGGCCGGUAGACAUUUAUGCUCGAGAAGGUAUAGGGAGUUUUCAAAAUUGCAUGUGGAUCUCAAGAAAGAAUUUUUGGGUUUUACAUUUCCAAAAUUGCCUGGCAAGUGGCCGUUUGCUUUAAGCGAACAGCAACUUGAUGCGAGAAGAAGAAAUCUUGAGCAAUAUUUAGAAAGAGUAUGUGCUGUCCGUGUUAUAGCUGAAUCUGAUAUAAUGCAGGAGUUUUUAACUGACCAAGAUGAUGAAAGCAUCAGUAGUCCAGUAGAUUUGAAAGUAUUGCUUCCUAAUCGUGAUGUUGUAACAAUAUCAUUGAGGAAAAGUUCCAAUUCUGAUGAAGUCUAUGAUGCAGUAGUCAAGAAGAUCAACAUGUCUCAUGAGACUUCAAAGUAUUUUUAUUUAUUUGAAAUAGUAGAGUACAAUUUUGAACGAAAACUUCAGUGUAAUGAAAAUCCUCAUAAUUUAUACAUUCAGAAUUAUAGCACUGCAACUAGUACAUGUCUUUGUAUAAGGAAAUGGCUCUUUUCCCUCACUAGAGAAAUAGCUCUGCUGAAAGAUCCUUUAGCAACUUCAUUCAUAUUUUGGCAAGCUGUUGAUGAGGUGAACAGAGGCUAUAUUCAUGCAGGAGAACGCUUAUAUCAACUGAAAGCAUUACAAGAUAAUACUCGAGCAUCUGAAUAUUUAAAAUUGGCACGUGAAUUACCAGGUUAUGGUGAUGUCGUAUUUCCUCAUUGUCCUUGUGAUUCAAGGAAAGAUGGUCAUGUUAUUGUAGCAAUAGGGGCAAAUGGAAUCAAGCUUCAUGCUUGCAAGGAAGACGGAUCUCUAGAAAGUCAGCAGGUAGAGCUUGGAUGGGAUUGUGUUCGUCAGUGGGAAGCAGAUGAAGAAAAUAUGGCAUUCUGUUUGAAAUAUGCUCGACCUGAUAGGACUCCAAAAUGGCUUAAAAUUUUCACACCCUAUUAUUUCUACCUAAUGGACUGCUUUGAAAGGAUCGUAGAAGAAAAUAAGUGGCUUGAUACAGGCGAAUGAUUUCCUGCGCAUCAAAUUGAAUCAAAUCUUCUAAACAAAUACAAGUAUUGAACACUGUACUCUCUAUAUAGUAAUCUAUCUUUGUCAAUGUAUAGACUACUAUAAUGAAUGUUAAUAUAUGUGUAUCGUUAAGUAUUAUUAGAUAACUUGAUAUUUCUAAAGAAAGGUACUAUAAAUACACCUUAAAUUGAUAUAGCAAAAUGUGAUCAGGAAAAUUCUAGUUGCACCCUAGGAGAGCAUGUGUCAUUCAAAACAUUCUAAUUUUAACAAAGUACAUAUUAAACAAAAUUAUUAUCAUGUUGAGAUUAUAUAAAAUCAAUGUUCAAAUCGUUAUAGAGAUUCAAUUUUUCUUAUAUAAAUAUUUUAAUGAAUCAGUUCAAGGAUCCAUUUAUUGUAUAUAUAUACGAAUCAAAAAUUAAAGUUAGAUUAUAAUGCUUAUCAAAU